AUGGCCACCACCCCAGAUGAACUUUUCGUGGAGGGUCUCACUGAGAAGUCACCACAGUCACCAUCUGUUUUCCUUGACGUGUUUUCGCCGAAGCCUGAUGACAGAAGUGAGGGCUGCCACCAUGUCCCUAGUGACAUGAUGCUCCCCUACAUCUCACGCAUGCUCAUGGAGGAUGACAUUGAUGACAAGCCUUCUGAUCACCCUGCGCUACUCCAGGUGCAGCAACCCUUUGCUCAAAUCCUCUCCUCCCCUUCAUUUGGCUCUAAUCAUGGUGACACAGAAGGAGCCAAUGAUUUGUUGCAAGAUAGCAGCGGUGAUGAGAGGACACUCCACCUGGCCUUAUCCAAGGGUACAUAUGCUGUGGGGGCGUUCUUGAAGGGCAUGAAAGAGGCCAAUAUGCUCUUGCCCAUAGCUAAUAAUGGCUUCAGAAGGGAUAAGCUGGUGAAUCAAAUGGUCAGCGAAAGCAGUAAUCAUAGUGGGGCCAAGAAGAGGUAUGCUAGAGAUGACCAUAUAGAGGAGGGGGAGGCAAGAAGGACCAGCAAAUCUCUGAUGAGGGUCACGGAGCCUAAGGAUACUUGUGCCCACGAGAUGUUAGACGAUAUGAUGUUACGUGGCACUGAGACAUCCAUCAUCAGAUGCAUGGAGAAGCUUCGCAUUGCCAUGGCCAAUGGGGCAGAGAAGACCACCAGGAAAGGCAGUAGGAAUGCGGUGGCGAAGAACAUAGUCGACAUACGCACAACUUUGAUCCUCUGUGCGCAGGCGGUGGCGGCAAACGACGACAUGACAGCGAGUGAGCUACUGAAGCAGAUCAAGCAACAUGCAUCAGAAACUGGGGAUGUCACACAACGGCUAGCUCAAUGUUUUGCAAAGGGGCUGGAGGCACGGCUAGUAGGCAUGGGGAGCCAGGUUUGGCAGCUUUGGCAGUUGCGCAUGGCGGAUCGCCUGUCGAUCGUAGAGUUGCUCGAGGCGCGCAACCUUUACGCGGCUGCCUGCAGCUUCAACAAGGUGGUGCUCCUUUUUUCCACAAUGACCAUCUUGCAGGCCAUGGUGGGGAAGGGAAGGCUACACAUUGUUGACUAUGGUAUGCGUUACGGGUUCCAUUGGGCAGACUUGCUCCGCUUGCUGGCGAGUAGAGAAGGCGGCCCGCCAAAAGUGAAGAUCACCGCCAUAGGCCCUCCAAAUCUCAGGCCAUGUCCAACUGAGCAAAUUGAGGAGAUAGGGUACCGUCUCAGCAAGUGUGCCCAUGAGUUCGGCGUGCCAUUCAAUUUCUAUGCUAUUAGGAAGAAGUGGGAGGAAGUUUCCAUCGAGGACUUGAACACGGAUGCGGGUGAGGUGCUCAUCGUGAACGACCGGCUUAAUUUCAACUCAUUGAUGGAUGAGAGCAUAUUCUUUGAUGACCCAAGCCCCAAAGAUAUCGUCUUGCAUAACAUAAGGAAGAUGAGGCCAGCUAUCUUCAUCCAGAGCAUUGUGAAUAGUUCGUAUGGUUCCUCCUACUUGUCGCGAUUUCGAGAGGUGGUGUUCUAUUUCUCGGCAAUAUUUGACUUGUUUGAUGCAACCAUCCCACGGGAUAGUAAGUUGCGAGUGGUGCUAGAGCAAGACUUAUUUGGAGGUCUUGCACUGAAUGCCAUUGCCUGCGAGGGUACAGACCUGAUGAAUCGUCCUGAGAAGUAUAAACAGUGGCAUGCGAGAAACCAGAGGGCGGGCCUGAGGCAGCUGCCACUAAAACCAUCCAUUGUUAACGCAUUGAAGGACGAGGUCAUGAGGUGCUACCAUAGGGACUUUUUGAUCUGUGAAGAUGGCCAAUGGCUACUGCAAGGGUGGAUGGGACGCAUCCUUUUUGCCCAGUCGACGUGGGUAGCAGACGACACCUCUUAG